AGUAGUUAAUUCCACUUGUCUGUCAGACACCCUGUUCAGACAGUAGUGAGGUUACAAACACCUUUGUCUGCCGCAUGUGUGCUCACCAAUUUGGGGCGGUGUUCAAGAUAAACUCGCCCAGUUUGAUGAGCGCCAUGGCGAUGCAAACACACAAAGACCAGUGACCGUGUAUAUUCUCUUUUUAUUUCAUCAGCACAGCUGAUUUGGUUUGUCAUCCCUUAAUAAACCGUCAUGGGGCAAACCAGAGUGUGACUCAUCCAUCCUACACAACACAGUUACACAAAGAGGACGCCGCCCGUACAAAGACUAUACCCAUCCCACCACUUCCUCUUUCCCACUUCCGCUUUCCCACUUCCCAACCUUGUAAAUAAACAUGCUUCUUCGUUUUUGUCAUGCAGGUCUUACGGUGCACUUGUGUUCACAGCUUGUCCUCGAGCUGUGUCACAGCACAAUAGAUUUCAUGUUAGUAGGGAGUUAAGUAGCGAAGUUAAGUAGGAGGGGUUACAAAAUCAUGUCGAUUUUUUUUUUAUAUCCAUGAACCUGUACACCCCUGCUAUACAUUAUGCUAAUCUGCAAGGGUCAUGAUCCAAAUAUGCUGUGUUGUGCCAGACUGUGAUGUAAACAUCAAAAGAAAUCUGGUGUUAUAAGACAGUCCAGACUUGGGCAAAUUCUUUUGCAAAACCACACUAUAGCACUCCACAAUACCAGAACACAGUUAACACAAUUAACAACUCCACUACACACAGUUAACUGUGUUCUGGUGUAGUUUAGUUGUUAACAACUCCACUACACCAGAACAAGGUUCUGAAGUGAGUGACAUCUGGGGUCUGUUCCAUGGAUACUAGAUAAUUUCAGGAGGUCAGUUCAUUUCAUGAAACAAAUUAAUUGUCACCUAAAAAUAUGCAUCUGUAGACAAUUAUGUAGACAACUUAAAACUGUGUUUGUUACCCUGUGAAAUUACUGGUUCUUCUGCAUACUUUAUCAGGAAGCCCCACGUUUUUGAAACUAGUUGAACAAGCUAUUGGCAGUAAUGUGACCAAUCAUCAGAUUACCCACAGGCAUCUAGGGCAAAGAUGUUCUUGAGAAGGUUAGAACCAUUUUUUCUUAUUUGGCCCAAGUCUAAAUGUAGAAGCAAAAUCUCCAAAAAAUGCGGAAUGUCUUCGGGAUGUAAUAGCGAUGUAAUCCUGCCUCUCGAGUCCCCCUGCACUGCACAAUUUAGUGUUCCCCUAUUCUGUCAUAUCCAUGUCUACCCUGUGGGUGAAUCAGCUGAUGAGUUGGGUCUGAAGAGUAGGAAGAAUCCUUGUUGUUUACCGCAAAUGAUGAAAUCUGCAUAUGCAUCUUUUUUUCUUUCUUUUUUUUAAAUCCCGAAACACCUGACAUUCCCUAAUAAACAUAUGAGCAAUAUAAUGUUUUAAAUGUGAUUUCUAGAGGCAAGUAAAAAACAAAUAGAAGUUAACUGGCACUGUGCAACUUCCUUUAAUGUCCACAUAUAUAAACAUACAAGCUUCUCUACGUGUGGAUCUUGUUUGUUUUUAGCCAAACAGGUAACUGAUUAACGUUAUGCAUCAAGUCCAUAAGUACUACUGGCUCACACACAGAAUGCAUUUUCAGGUGAUCCCAAAUACAAAAGGUCAAAUGACAGCGACGUUAUUGGGCUAAAUCAUGAGAGUCUUGUUCUAGUCCAUUCCAUACUUUUGUUGCGGCAACCCACAAGUGAACACACACACACUUUUGUCCUCUUAAAAUUAUAUAGUAAUAUGACGGAAGAAAGACAAUACAAAUAGUUAGUCAGAUGACCCCAAGAAUGUCAUCUGACAUGAAUGUUAUCCGUCAAGCCAAUACAUGUGUGUGCAUGCUCAGAUAACCUGUAGUAUACUGAACUUUUGCAUGCAACACAAAAACCUUGGAGCCUGGACUUUGGAAGGACUCCAAAGGACAUGAGAAUUGUUUUUAUAGCAUAGUGAGGUUGAGCAGGCCAUUAUGUGGCUAUAUAAGGAGGAAAGGAACAUUAUUCAAAAUAUCACAGAAGAUAUUACUGCACACCUGGGGCUGAAGACAUGGGUUCGCUGGUGUGGUUCACACUGCUGGGAUUUCUCACUAUAAACUCCUGUGCCGGGAGACCGCAUCCAUGCAAGUCACCUCCUCUACUGCAGGGAAGCCUCUCUAUGAUCGGUCAAAGUGAGGAUUUCCAAGCAAUUGCAAAAUUCAACUAUGAUGCUUUAGAACAGCGCAUCCACUUUGGAGAAUUUGGAUAUUACCAGAAUAAAACAUUCCAUGUAGAUGCGCUGCUGCUUUAUAAAGAGGGUGUGAUGUACAAGAUCAACCGCCACAACAAGACCUGCACAAGGAAAGAGCUGAAGUCCUCUUUCCACCCGCUGAAAGUUCCCCACAAUGCCACCCUGCUGGGCCAGGUGGUGCUAGGCAGCAUGUCCCAUCAUGGUGAAAGCCUGCUGGUGAACUCCUGGGCUGGGGAGAUUCCCGAGCACAAAGCCAAGUAUCUCCUCACUUUUACUAAGCUUGGCUGCAUUCCAGUUUCUUGCCUCUACAACUCUCCAAAGACAGGCGGGAUAACUAUCAGCUUUUUCAACAAUAUUGUUGGCAUCGUGGAUCCCAAUGUGUUCAUUCCUCCCCCAUACUGUACGACCGCCACGCUGGAGGAAGGAAGCAAUGACUUUUUCAGCAUCUUCUAAGCCGACACACACUUCUGAUGCAGGGCAUCAUGACAUAUCAUUAACAAACACGUGUCUUUCCACAUUCUUCUGCUGUUACCAAAAGUUCAGAAACUUGAAAUGUACCAUUUUAGGUGGGAGUUCUUGAUUAGACUUAAGAAAUUGAAUGCAUGCAUGUUUGUUAAUUUCUGAUACUAUAUCGUCUCAAAUCAUUCUAGCAACUUACUCAUAUGUCUGAGGAUUUAAUUAGUACUCCAAGAACAUGCAAACAUGAGCUACAGGUGGACAGGGGUAUAAAAAAUUAAAUGAUGGAAAACCAACACUUCUCAAUGAAUUUUGUUCAGGUGUUGUUUAGGGGAAGGCUCUAGCAGAUAAGAUAACCAUCAUUUUCUACUUCUAGUUCAGUUAUAUGAGUAUGGAUCUCUGAGUGUGAUUUUCACAUGAUUUACAUAAUCCACAAACACAAAUUCUCCACCUUUAUUAAAAUCUAGUUGCAAACGCCAUUAAAUAUAUUACUACAUGAACCAAGACUGCUUAUUCCCAUGUCAUUUAUUUAACAUGGAGAAAUAGUUCAAUAUGGCAAAUUUGAUAUGAGGGCUCCAAAUGCAUCGUAUUGAAAAAGGGGAAAAAUAUGCACAUAAAACUGUGAAAAAAGGAAGUUUAAACUUUAGAGGUGUGAGAAAACUAUACAUCUAUAAUAUUAUAGCACAUAUAGUGGUAGAAACAACACUGUAGGAGAAUGGAGUCAGUCAGAAUUUGGGGGAGGUUUUUUGUAUCUAAUUAAACAGACAAAAAUGUACUGAAAUUGACAUGGUUUAUAGGGAAUAUUUCAUGUUGGUGCGUUUGGUCCUUCCCGUGUCUACUAGCUGGGUUAAAAGGGAAACAGAAGUGGAUGUUUAGUGCAAAUCUCCAGUAUGGUGACUUCCUUCUUCAGGCUUUUUCGUACUUCACCAUCAUUAACCUUAACAAGGCAUUUAGUGUUCCUCUUCCUCCCUCUGCACACAUUAGUAUGUGUAAGUAUUGC